GGAGGCAACCGGGCGCGGCGUCUGAAGCAGCCACCGCGGGGCGAGGGGGCCGGCUGGGGAACCCGGUAAACACAGUGCACACGCCCCUCGUUGCCUGCACGGGACCUGGGCGCGUCUGGCGAUCCGGUUGAGAAAGGACGCACGGGUGUACGUGCGCCUGGGGUGCUGAUAGUAACAACCCACCUGCCUUAGCUCGCGUAGGGGGUGUGUAUUUUGGAGUAGCCUCGUCCCACUCCCCUACAAGGGACUUUUGGAGACCCCUUUCAACUCUUCAAGUUUUCUCUUUCCCCAUAUCAUACCGCUAACCCAGGAGUGAGUGGAAAGGGUGCCUGUCGCAGCUUUUCCAGACGCAACAAGGAAGGUGACUGCGGCUGGCAAAGGGGAUUCGGCGGUGACUGGGGAGGCGAAGGGUUUGGCGCCAUGGCUUCGUGGCUGGCUCCUGGUCCAGCCUGAGAGGCUGCAGAAGUGGCUCCUGGCACCCCCUCCCCAAGGGAGGUGGGGGUCAGGGGUAGGGGCUAGGCCGGGCUCCCGUUGUCUUCCCAACAGUUCCACCACCGUGGGACGUGUCUCCUUCUCGCUUCAGGGUGGUCCUGUUGGUGCAUUCUUCUGGCCCGCAGAUGCAAACCGCGGGGGGAGCCCAGGUUACCGCGUCCUGGGGCACCACAGAGCCUUCUUUAGUAAGGUGAAGAGUCAAGUUCUGUUGCCCAUAAGGACUGAGCCCUAGGCCUGGUGCCUGUGUUUGCUGCGGGGAGGGCCAGGGUAUCAGUGGAGGUGGCUGCCCGCCCCAUCCGAAGAGCUCGUCCAAUCCCACACCGUUUAUAAAUGCAGGAAUCUUGAGGGUGAGAAGUUGAUGGCCAGGUGAAUAGCUUAAGGACGUGUGGAGGAGGAGGUGGACGCUGGGCGGUCAGGUACAUGGACAAGAGGACUCCGGUCCCCUGAGGAGGGCAGAGUCCGUGUCACUUAGGGCCAGUUUCUAUCUUGUGUUGAUAAAGGAAUCUAACUGUCUGCAGACAGGCCAGAUUCUAAGACAAGGACUGGACAGAAUGAGGGAAGGAAGGAAAAAAGCAACAACUGGAACUGGUGAGCCCAAGGGUACCGGGUGGGUGAGGCGCAGAGGUGCGAAAGCAAAUAUGUUAUAGUGCCGCUCUGUCCUCCACACUGCUUUACUGUAUAGGCUGCUAUACGUGACUGACGCCACGGAGAAGGGCACAUUAUGUGGAAAGUGGGAGCGUUGGUGCAGCCAGACUUUAAACCAGAAGGAAGGAUUAUUUUUUAACCAGUUCCAUACCAAUAGAAAAUUUCACAAACGUCGGUUCUCUUAGAUGCUUUUUUCAAAUGAGAUGUUUAAGAAAUGGUUUUUAUACACUGUUUAGUAAAGAACAUUACAAUGGUUAAUAGAGGAAAUUAGUUGUGUGUGGGGGAUGGAGAGGGAUAGUGAAGCAGGUACCAGGCACAGAUUUUGGUAUUCGCUUUAUAGACAUUACCUCUUUUACCAUACGGUGAACUUUUAAGAGAGAUAUAUGAUCCCUAUUUUACAAAUGAAGAAACUGAGACAUGGAUCACUUCAAUAACUCACAUAAGGCCACAGAAUUAAUAAAUGGUAAAACUGGGAUUUGAACCCAAGUUUGUCCCUAAAGACCAUCCUAAAAAGGUGGUGGUGUUGGGUACAUGAUAAAAACAAAACUUAGAUAAACCUGUAAGGUACGGCAGAAGACUCGGGCUGUCUGUCACUAACUAGAUAUGUGAUUUGGGGCCGUUGUUUAGGAUCCAUAGGCAUAAACUUCUUCAUCAGUAAAGCUAGGAAUUGGAAUAAAUGACUUCAAGGGUUCUUUCUGACUCUUAAAUUCCACAGGUUAUGUGAUAUGAUCAGAAUCAACCAGCAGCGAAGGGGCCUCCUAAAUCCCCAGAUGUCCCAGAUUGUACGGAAGCUGCUGUUUUCUUCAGAUGGGUGGUGUUCCAGCUCUGCGUAGACCUUUGGGAUUCAUUUUCCAUUGCUCUCAUUCACGGUUCAGUCACAAGUUAACUGCACCUCAUCCUUUAUGGCUGGUGUUGAAAGAUUAGGGAAGAAGCUCUAGGCUCGGUUAAGACCUUGGGCAACCUCUGCAUUAGCCCCUGAAGACUCCUCUUUCAGAAAUCUUGGUUCUAGCUUAGAAACUCUAUACCAUUUAUUCGAUGAGGUAUUGAUGGUUCAAUGGUAGAAUUUUUGCCUUCCAUGCGGGAGAUUUGGCCAGUGUACCUGUGUGCAGCCACCUAAUGUCUGUCAGUGGAGGCUUGCAUGGUGCUGUGAUAUUGAACAGGUUUCAGUGGAGCUGCUAGACUAGGACAGACUAGAAAGAAAGGUCUGGCAAUCUAUGUCUAAGAAAUCAGCCUAUGAAAACAUUGUGGAUCACAACAGCCCGAUCCUGUAGUGCGUCGGGCUGCCGUGAGUUGGGGUUGACUCAAAGGCAGCUAACAACAGCAAUAAUAAAAAUACCAAUUUUUAAGUAGCCCUUGACAGUUUUCAGAGUACGUUCAUCAAUUAUACUAUGUCAUUUGACCCUUACUACCAUUCUGUAAAAGGAGCCCUGGUGGUGUGGUGGUUAAGUGCUCAGCAGCUAACCAAAAGGUUGAUGGUUUGAGAGAAAAAGAUGUGGCGGUCUGCUUCCGUAAAGAUUACAGCUAUGGAAGCCCUUGGGGGCAGUUCAGUUCUGUCCUACAGGGUCUCUGUGAGUUAGAAUCUACUUGACAGCAAUGGGUACAGGUACCAUUCUGUAAAGAAUAAAAUUAUCUCCAUUUCAUAGAAAAAAAAUUGUGUCUGAAGUAACUGACUUGCUCAAGAUUGUUGUUGUUAGGCGCCUUUGAGUUGGUUCCAACUCCUAACGACCCUGUAUAUAACAGAACAAAACACUGCCCGGUCCUGCGCCAUCCUCACAAUCUUUGUUAUGUUUGAGCCCAUUGUUGCAGCCACUGUAUCAAUCCAUCUCGUCAAGGUCUUCCUCUUUUUCGAUGACCCUCUACCUUACCAAACAUAAUGUCCUUCUCCAGGGACUGGUCUCUCCUGAUAACACGUCCAAAGUGUGUGAGAGGAAGUCUCACCGGGCUCACUUCCAAGGAGCACUCUGGCUGUAUUUCUUCCAAGCAGACUUCUUCAUUCUUCCGGCCAUCCAUGGGUAGCCACUGAUCACAAUGUGGAUAACACAACAGAAAUACUCAGGGAGUGGUUGAAAAAUAUCCAGAGACUGUAUCACUAUGUAGAAUGGAGGCCUAUGGAUGAACCACAGUCGUAUCCUGAUGAAAUUGGACCAAAGCACUGGCCAAACUCCCGGUUUACGCAUGUGAUGAGACUACGGCAGGCAGCCCUUCGAACUGCGAGGGAAAAAUGGUCAGACUACAUUCUGUUCAUAGAUGUCGACAAUUUCCUGACUAAUCCAAAAACCCUCGAUCUAAUGAUUGCAGAAAACAAAACCAUUGUGGCCCCCAUGCUGGAGUCUCGCAGUCUAUAUUCUAAUUUCUGGUGCGGAAUCACACCUCAGGGCUUCUAUAAACGGACCCCCGACUACCUUCAAAUUAGAGAAUGGAAGAGGACAGGCUGUUUUCCUGUCCCCAUGGUACACUCCACGCUCCUCAUUGACCUCAGGAAGGAGGCCUCUGACAAGCUGAUGUUCUACCCCCCACACCAAGACUACACCUGGACCUUUGAUGACAUCAUGGUCUUUGCCUUCUCCAGUAGGCAAGCAGGCAUCCAGAUGUACCUCUGCAACAGAGAGCACUAUGGCUACCUGCCUAUCCCCCUGAGGCCGCAUCAGACCCUGCAGGAGGACAUCGAGAACCUCAUCCACGUCCAGAUAGAAGCAAUGAUUGACCGUCCUCCAAUGGAACCCUCCCAGUUUGUCUCGGUUGCCCCUAAAUAUCCAGACAAGAUGGGAUUUGAUGAGAUUUUCAUGAUAAACCUCAAACGCCGAAAGGACAGGCGGGACCGGAUGUUGCGCACACUGUACGAACAGGAAAUUGAGGUCAAGAUUGUCGAGGCUGUGGAUGGAAAGGCACUCACCACAAGCCAGCUGAAGGCCCUGAAUAUUGAAAUGCUGCCUGGGUAUCGAGACCCCUACUCUUCCAGGCCUCUAACCAGGGGUGAAAUCGGCUGCUUUCUUAGCCACUACUCUGUCUGGAAAGAGGUAAUUGACCGAGAACUGGAGAAGACUCUUGUGAUUGAGGACGAUGUGCGUUUUGAGCAUCAGUUUAAGAAGAAGCUGAUGAAGCUGAUGGAUGACAUUGACCAGGCUCAGCUGGACUGGGAACUGAUUUAUAUUGGCAGGAAGAGGAUGCAAUUAAAAGAACCUGAGAAAGCUGUACCCAGUGUGGUAAAUCUAGUCGAAGCCGACUACUCCUACUGGACCCUGGGCUAUGUCAUUUCUCUGGAAGGAGCGCAGAAGCUGGUUGGAGCCAACCCUUUUGGGAAGAUGCUGCCAGUGGAUGAGUUUCUGCCAAUCAUGUACAACAAGCAUCCUGUAGCUGAGUACAAGGAGUACUAUGAACCCAGAGACUUGAAAGCCUUCUCCGCAGAGCCUCUGCUCAUCUACCCCACGCACUACACAGGACAGCCAGGGUACCUGAGUGACACGGAGACCUCGACCAUCUGGGACAAUGAGACCGUGGCCACCGACUGGGACAGGACACAUCCCUGGAAGUCCCGGAAGCAAGGACGUAUCCACAACACUGCCAAAAACACAGAGGCACUGCCGCCGCCAACCUCCCUGGACACUGUGCCUUCAAAAGAUGAGCUAUGAAAGCUUGUAGGUGCAUUUGACACAUUCUGGUUCAUCACCCUUUGGUUUUUUUAAAGGGCUAUUCAUCUGUUUGCUCCAACUUCUUUUAGUUGUCACAGUCUAACCAAAGUGGUCUCAUGUGAUUGCUCAAAAUUAAUAUAUUUUUGACAGUGGAGGGGAAUAGGGAAAUUAAACCCAUAUUUCCUAGAUGGCUAGAAGGUAAGCUUUAUGGGAACCAUUAAGAUAAACUUCAAUCCAGACACUCAGUUCUUCAGUUCAUUCUCCAUAUGAUACCACUUCCCGCAUUAAGGUUGAGCAACGUGGCUUGGAGACUCACCCAGGAGAAGGAUGAUUACCAAGUUGUCACAUCAAUAAACGGGUAGUCAAGACAAGCCAAGGGACCACAUUUUCGGUCUCGUGGGAGCUUACUUUAUGUGAUAGAUGUAACCAUGAAACAUGUUGUGGGGGGGGGGGACGGGAAUCAAACCAUAUUAAUUGGGCUUCUUAUUUAAAGGAAUUCCGUCAUGAGCCCUAUGGCAAAGUGAAUUUUUUUAUCUUAGUCCUCAUAGUCUAAUGAGGAUUGGGUGUUUGGAUCUGGCUGAGUCUCGGCCCUUGACCAUCAUGGCAAAGGAGCUGUCAUAAAGAGGUUUCUAGCUUGCCAUGAGGCUAUAAUUUGGCAGAUAGCUGAGGGUUUGUGUAGAUAUUUGAGGGAAAAAGAACUCAACCUUUGGCCUUUUUUUUCUUAAUUGUGGUCACUUGAGUGAGGAUGCUCUAUUUAUAAAGAUAAAUUUAAUAUAUAAGGGGUCAGGGCUGGUGUAUAAACUCCUGUCCUGGGGUCCACGUGCUGCUGCAGUGUAUCACCUCCCUCCCCCCCAGCCCCACCCCUCAGUCAGGGAAUGAACUGCAGGUGUAAAUUUAUGAGUCACUGUUAAGAGACAGCACAUUUUCAGGCCAGCAACAGUCCUUGCUGGGCUUUUCAUUAUAUCUUGAAUGAUUUGUUUUACAAAAUGUGGGCAAACAUUGUAGGAUAAGGCAGGGGAAACAGAUGUUUCAAGCUCUCAUUGCACCCUGGAGAGUGGUCAGUGUGGACACAUUGGUUCAACCAUCCAAUUCUCCCACAUUUCCCAGCCUGACUUGCAGAGAGGUCUGUUGUGUGGGGGAUUCUCACCAUUUGGGAACAAAUGAUUCUUCAGUGAAGGUCAAAGACCUUGGUCAGAAACAAUGGACUGACUGGUCAGUGGAUUUAGGCCAACAGCCAAGGAGGCUCUCAGAGUCAGAAUCCUGGAUAGACACCCUCUCUAGAGUCUCCUAUAUUGAUCAAGGUGUCUCUUACAUGACUUUUGGCUUUCUUCAUAGAUUGAUUCUAUGUACAAUGCAGAGUUGAACUGUAUAAUCUCUUCCAACUCCAAAGGCUGUGAUUCUAAGAUGUCUCAUGAUGGUUUGGCUCAGGUUUGGCACACAUUGGUUCUCAGGCAUACAAGAAGAAAAUCUGCCUUCAGAAAUGCCCUCCCCAAGUAUCCUGUACAUGCACUCUCAUCCCUCAAUGCCCAUGCCCCACAGCCGCCACCCAGGAGGGCUCUGCAGCCCCAGCACCCUGAGUUUCAUAUUGAAACUCACUGGGCAGGCACUUUGAGCAGGGCUUCGAACCACUCCCUUCCAGUUCAGUCAUGCUAAGGAAGCGAAACUGAAAUAGACACGAAUUUUUAAAAAAUUUGGGUGCACCAGAACAAGAACCGGAAUGGGAAAAAUUACGGGUUGAAGCCCUGCUAGAAGGCUAAUCUCCCUCUUAGAAAACAAGGGCAGCGUAUGUGUUGCACAGCAACCAAAUCUCUUGCCCGUGGGGUUUUGAACAGAGUCAGAAACAGCAAUGUCCCACUCAAAGAUGGCACCUGAGCAUGCCACUUUGAAUGUGUGUCACUCUCUUCAAUCCUGCCAAUGAUCCAAUCUCAUGCAUUGGGCUCCUGAAAAGGCUCACUAUGCCUCUUCCGAGUCUCCCAUUCCAGGGCUUCGACCUGUAAUUUUUCCCAUUCUGGUUAUCAUUCCAGGUCACCCAAAUGGUAAAAACUUGAGUCUGUUCCAGUGUCACUUCAUUGGCCAUGACUGAACUGGUUUGAACCGGUUCGAAGCCCUGCUUUGGAGCAGAGCCCAUGGGCAGAGGAAGGAGAGUACUGUGUGGACUAAGCUUAGAGCUCCCCGGGUGAGGGCCUCAGGUUGUAGGACAACACAGAAGCUUGCCUCAUCCAGGACACCAGAGUUGGCCUUCCUUCUGACUUACUGUUAACAUUCUUCUACGAGGACUAUUAAGUCAGGAAACCGAGGAAAGGGAUCUUAUCUGGCUCCGAUUUGUACUGUGUAGAUGUAGCUGUCAAGGCUUGACUCUUUUUUUCCAUACAAACAGAAAGAACAUCGGGGAGCUAGUGAAAAAGUCUUGGAUGAUUCCUUUCUUGGGGUAUUUUGUAUUUUGUUUGCAUAUUUGAGUGUGUGCAAGUGUGCAUGGCUUUAGUGACUUUUUUUGUUUUUGUUUUUGAUGGGGUGGGAGGUGGCCGGGGUUUGGGGAGUGGAGGAAGAUUGAGUUGAUUUUUUGUGUUGUUUUGUUUAAUAGAGAACUUUUUUUCCCUUUUACUUGUCAGCUGGUCUGACAGUUUAAGAAUUCUCAUUCUUAAAAGACAUUGGUCUUAAAUUCUAGCAUUUUUAGGUUAGGAUUGUUCUACUGUGAAUAAAGUUCUGGCUGUUAGCCCAGUCUUUGCUUCUCCCUGUUCUGGUCUGGAAUCCUAAGUGAUGUUCUUUCCUUGUGAACAUUGUGUACUGCAGACCUAGCAUUUCUUUAAAAAUGUCAUCUUGACAGCAAUCAAGGAGUUCCUUGAUCUCAUUCUUCUUCCUCCCUUGAGUCUGAAGUCUCAAGCUAAGAAAGUUGACUUUUGCUGGUGUCACAAGAAGGCUGUGGUGAGGCCUUCGUUGCCUGCCUGCCACGACACCUGCCUCUGGAGGUUAAUUCCCGUCGGGAUUGUCUCGGAACCUCCAGUGGCGGGAUCUUCUGGACUGACGAUCCUGACUUCAGCAGCGCUGGUGCUGCUGGGUGUGUACUGAGCACCUAUAAUUUGCAGAGGACAUGUUCAGGGGCCUAGCUUCAGGUUCGCUCAGGCCUGCUGCUGGAACUCUGGAAAACAAGGAAGAGUGGUAUCAACUACCCUACUCUGUCUGUCAUGCUGUGCCAUUUCAGGGUGGGGAAAUGAUAAACUACUUUCCUUCUGGAGGUCUUUGUGAAAAAUUAAAAAAAAAAAAAAAAAGCUCGAAGCUGUGAUUGUUCAUUGGUUUCUCAAACACUGGUCAGUGGCCAACGCUGCUGGGAUUUCUAGGCCUGCACUGAACCAAGGAUGUUGAAGGCCAGGGGUGACUGCCAUUAUGAUGUGAUCCCCAUGGUAAAUGAGAGAGGUGGGCCUUGUCCUUCCUUCCAGUGGGGUUGCCUUGACUGAUGGGAAAAGGUGGGUAAACUGAAAAGGAUUCUAAGGUGCAGAAAGACAGAAGGAGUCCUCAGUUGGAGGGUGUUAAGGGAGAUGGCCAUCUUGCAUUUUUGUCCCUGUAGGUCUAGCCACUCAUUGAAAGAUACUGAGACGUCUGUCCAAGGUCAAAGAACUUUCUCCCAAGGCAAAAAAAAAAGGAGGGGGGGAGGGUACAGAGCAAGGAUGCAUGUUGGCCUCAGUGAUCCUUUGAUUUUCAGAUCAAGCUUCCCCAAAUCUCAGAAAACAUAUCGUGAGUGCUGCCUGGUUUCAGACUCUGUACCAGGCACUGAGAAGCACAGUGGCCUUGGCAAAGUCCCUACUGCUGUGGGUCCAUGGUCCAGUGCAGGAGUCACGUAAGCAGGUGGCUACAAAACACCAUGGCUUAAUUUCAGAGACUGGAAUAAAGUGGCCCAUCAGACCCAUGACAACCUUUAUUUUGCCAAGGGCCACUGGGACAGCUUUGAUGGGGAGGAUGAACGGGAGUUGAGAAGAUGGAAAAGGGCUGGACACGGUGGGUGAGAACCCAUUCUAGGCAUUGAGAAGGCGUGAAACUGCGAAAGGGCCUGUCGUGUCAUGUUGGCGGGGGUGAUAGGGACUCAGCAGCACUGAGAGUCAGGUAUGUGUUGGGGGCGAUGACAGGAAAUCAGACUGAGACCUGAUAAUGGUAGCAAGGUAAGUCUGCUAUCUUCCUUCUCUGGACUUUAAUGAUAAACACAGAGGUCACUGUUUCUGGGGGGGAUUCUGGGUUUGGUUACUGUUCCGACAUAAUGCACAGGUUUCCAGUAAAAUGGUGGUGUCCAAAACAAGAUAUAUUCCUGUCUAGCUACAAACUUGGGGUCUUUUCACUUACGGUUGGAACAAAUCCUUAUAAUAAAAGGAGCCCUGGUGGCACAAAGGGUAAGUGCUCGACUGCUAACCAAAAGGUUGUUGGUUUGAACCCAUCCAGCAACUCUGCAGGAGAAAGACCUGAUGAUCUGCUCCCGUAAAGAUUACAGCCGAGAAAACCCUAUAGAGGCAGUUCUAUUCUGUCACAUCGGGUUACUACGAGUCAAAAUCGACUCUAUGACACACAACAACAACAGUUACUGUAAAAUAAAAGUGAGUCUUCCCAGGAGAUUUUCUACAAUGUCACGUGCUUUCAAGAUAUUCUCCCCAGCUAAAGAGAAGGGAAAAGAAAUAAUCCAGAUAUGCUCCAGUGACUGGCAAGUUAAUUUAUCAAGAAGUUAAAAAAUGACCAAAAAAAAAAAGAGAAUGAGGCUGGCCAUUUGGUAAGAAAAUAUGGGCACAUAACGGACAACACAUUGAGAAAACCGAGAGCAGGUUUAGAAACUAAUCACUAUGCCAACGGUUUGUGUGUUGUGGUGAUGUUUAUUAUUUCAGAAAGAACCUGCUGCCCCCAGAGAAGUUCUGAUUAAAUGUGGAAGCGGGGGAGGCGCAGGAGGAGCGGGGCACAUGUGAGGAGCACCCUGUGAGCAGUCCUAAGAUAAUGCAGGACGAUGAGAUAAUAACAAGAAAUCUAGCCAUUGAUAGCCAACCAGUCCUUUUUUGCCUGCACA